AUAAGAACAUUUCGCAUGCUGGGUAGCGAAAAAUCGAUGUAGAUAAAGAGUAGUAAUUUAUAAUAACAAGCUGAAAGUAAAUGUUUUCGUCGCCUUAGGCUCAAAGUGCAGUUCGUUUCGUUCAAAGUAAUUAACGUAUUGGUUGCAUCGUUACUGUAGAGCAGGAAGAAAACUGUACUUGUAAACUAUUUAUAUUUACUAGUCAUCAUCAUGGAAACUCUAGAAGGCGAUUCAGAAAUUGUUUAUGGAACCCAUGAUGACACUGCAGUGGUGAUGUCCGAAAAGGUGCAGUCAUUGGCUGGUUCAAUAUACACCGAAUUCGAACGUAUGAUACAGCGUUAUGACGAAGACGUUGUAAAAUCAUUAAUGCCUUUGCUAGUCAACGUAUUAGAAUGUUUAGAUUCAGCUUACCAAACAAAUCAAGAGCAGGAUGUCGAGCUUGAACUUCUGAGGGAAGAUAAUGAACAACUCGUUACACAAUACGAAAGAGAAAAAAAUGCACGAAAACAAGCUGAGCAAAAACUUUUGGAAACAGAAGAUUUGGCAGAACAGGAAAACAAGGAAUUAUCCUGUCGACUUGAAUCCCUUGAAAGUAUUGUACGGAUGUUGGAAUUAAAACACAAAAAUAGCAUGGAUCACUCUAGUCGUCUCGAAGAACGUGAAUCAGAGCUCAAAAAAGAAUACAGUAAACUACACGAACGUUACACUGAUUUGUUUAAAACACACGUCGAUUAUAUGGAACGAGCAAAAAUUAUGAUGGGAAAUUCUAGCCACUCACAAAUAAGUGGUACCUCAGAUAGAUUGGAUAUUCAUAGAUCGAAAUUGCUCCCUAUCGUUCGUUCUUCUGGACCAAUUUCUUACGGUUUCACAUCCCUUGAAAAUUCGGCUAUGCUAGACUCGGAUGCAAUCGGAAGUGAUGGAAGCAGCUCAGCUUCAGGCCCCUCAUCUCUACAUAAUGAGCUGGACCAAAUUGUAACAGCUGAGAAAUCUUCGGAAACCGAAAAAACGCAGCAAGUAAAUCAAGCAACAUCUCCUCAAAGUGAAACAUUGAACCAAAUGUCACCAAGUACAGUUAGUGGAAGAACUACGACAAAGAAAGAACAACGAUCCGGAAACACUUUGUACCAAGAACUGUCAUUUCAAGAUGAUAAUGUCGAAAAUGAGGACACUGACAUUACUGGUGGUUGGGUGCACCCAGGAGAUUAUGCUUCUUCAGUUAACGACAAUUUCUUUGGUAUGGGUAAAGAAGUUGAGAAUCUCAUAAUGGAAAACAAUGAAUUGCUAGCUACUAAAAAUGCUUUGAAUAUAGUCAAGGAUGACCUCAUAGUGCGUGUUGAUGAGCUUAGUGGCGAAAUAGAAAUAUUACGUGAAGAGCUGAAUGCAGUUAUUCUUUCACGCAACAAAUUGAAAACUAAAGUUGGUGAGUUGGAGGAAGAACUGAAAAAAACCAAAGCUCAGAUAAAACAAAACACAACUGAUCAAGAGGAGGAAGGGGACAUCCCAAUGGCCCAGAGAAAACGAUUCACAAGAGUUGAGAUGGCAAGAGUACUCAUGGAAAGAAAUCAGUACAAAGAACGUUUCAUGGAACUUCAAGAUGCUGUUCGUUGGACGGAAAUGAUGCGUGCGUCUCGGGUAGAGAAUUUGGACAAGAAAUCAAAGCAAAGUAUUUGGAAGUUUUUUAGUAACCUUUUUAGUUCAAAUGACAGACCGCCACCUGAAUCUUCGGGAAGAUUACUUCGAUAUAACACCAAUUAUAGCCCAAGCAUUCCCGGAAUAUCAGAAGGAAGAUUAUUCACAGGAGGCACUCAAUUAAAUGCUCUGAAGACAUCAAAUGUUUUAGUUUUAACAAAAGAACCAGAUAGCAUCAUUUUGGAUCGUGCCUCUCAAAGAAGAAGAGAUCAGUACAGACAAGUAAGAGCUCACGUACAAAAGGAAGACGGAAGGUUACAUGCAUAUGGGUGGAGUCUUCCAUCUGCAAAGUUAUUACCGACUAACAAUGCUUCCAAAGUUAAUAAUAGUGUUCCUGUUCCUGUACCAGUAUACUGUAGGCCGCUAGCUGAAGCAAGUCCUCACAUGAAAGUUUGGUGCGCUAGUGGUGUAAAUUUAUGUGGAGGAUUCACAAAAGACGGUGGGUGUAUGGUUGGUGCAAGCAUAUUUUAUUCUAAGAAGUCAGAGGCAAAAAUGACAGAAAUUACUGAUUGUGAAUCAGAUGUAGUUAAGGAAUUUGAAUCGAUGGAAAAGAAGCAGAAAUUUGCCGAUAUCAAUAAUGACAUCGAAUUAAGUUCUUAUGUAUGGAUUUGUACAAGUACUCAUUCAGCAAGUACUGUGACGGUUAUUGACGCUAAAAAUCCAGCUGAAGUGUUAGAUUCAUUCCCAGUGUGUCAAAAUCAUUUACUUUGCAUAUGUACUGUGCAGGGUGCUAUGGAGAUGGAUUACGCGCUUCUGGAGAAUAGUGAAGUGACUAAAACAGGUGAAAUGUUGCAAAAACCCGGGGAGUCUCCGAAUGACAUUGGUAGAGUAAUUUUCAUGAGACACAAUCCAAAUUCAAAUGCCAGUAAAAAUGAGGAAGGAAAAGCAGCAACAACAACAAUCGUGAGGCAGUCCAAUGAACAGAGUCAGAAUAAAAAGGUGUGCAUUGUUGCAGCUGAUGGAACCGACUCAAAUAGUUUCAGCACUAAAAAAGAUGAUAUGGGAAUGAGUGAGGAGAAUGAUCAUACCAAGGAUGAAACGGAAGACAACGAGGAACAUAACCAAUCGAAAGAACCAUUCGUAUCAUCUGUUGGUCCAACGAUGUGGAUGGGAGCACAGAAUGGCAUGCUGUAUGUUCAUAGUUCCAUAACGAGAUGGAAUAUCUGUUUGCAUAAAGUGAAGUUACCAGAUUCUGUUUUAUCGAUCGUACACGUUGAAUCACGAGUUGUAGUAGCACUAGCAAAUGGAAGUCUUGCCAUAUUCAGGAGAAAGCUAAAUGGAGAAUGGGACACCAAUAAUUAUCACAUGCUUACAUUAGGAUCACCUAAACAUUCUAUAAGAUGCCUUGCAAUAGUAGGUGAUAAAGUUUGGGCGGCACAUCGCAACCGGAUUUACGUAAUUGACGUGAUAUCUUUAACUGUUUUGCAUUCAUUUGAAGCUCAUCCUAGGAAAGAAAGUCAAAUAAGACAGAUGACUGCUACAGGUCUAGGCGUUUGGAUAUCCAUAAGAUUGGACUCAACCUUAAGGUUAUUUUCAUCUGAGACGUUUUUACAUAUGCAGGAUAUCGACAUCGAACCGUACGUGUCAAAAAUGCUUGGGACCGGCAAAUUAGGAUUUUCUUUCGUGCGGAUAACAGCACUGCUAGUGUCAUGCAAUCGUCUAUGGAUAGGCACUGGCAACGGAGUUGUGAUUUCUGUUCCAUUGAAUGAUUCGGUUGGGCCUCUCUCCACAAGAAUAUUACCACGAUGUUGUAUGGCAAACGCGCAGCUUUCGUUCCAUGGACAUCGUGACGCCGUUAAAUUUUUUGUAACAGUUCCAAUGAAUACGGAAGGUCAAAAUCAAUACGCAUGUGAGAAAGAUAUGCUGGUUUUAUCAGGCGGCGAAGGAUACAUUGAUUUUCGUCUUGAAGAAAGUUUGGAUGAUGCAUGUGACAUUGCUUCUCAUAUUUUGGUUUGGCGAGUAUAUGCAUCCAAUGACAAUUUGACAGUGAACCAAAGUUGAUUUUCAGGGGACGGCGAAAUGGAAAACAGCAUGGAAACAGAAGCAGAUCAAACAAACACAAAUCAAAACGAGAAAAGCUUUAUUAUAGUUUGGCAGGUUAAUAAUGUUUAAAGUGUAAUUGUUUUAUCUUCGUGGCAUGACAUUUUCUGAAAUGCCAAGGCUUUAAUUUUGUUUUAAGUAUAACUAUUUAAUAUAUUUUACAUUAUUUUUCGUGUAUUUCUAGCUAUAAGAAUGCUUAAUAAUUAUUUCUAGUGUAAUAAUUUUUCAGUAAACUCCAAAAUCUAGUACAUAGCAAUGAAUACUACCCAGCAAAUGUGUAUUAUAUAUAAAUUAUGUUUCAUUUGUGUAGUUCGGAGUUUUCACAAAUAUAUGAACAUUAAAAGCG